GCGCUAGGCUGUGCGCGGUCUGUGCUCUCUGCAGCGGAGCGGGGAAUCUCGGCCUCCUGCAGCUCGGAAGAGCUUCUCUCUGCGACUCUCUCGAGGCGACAGGUCCCUUUGGCCGCAGUCCCCGGCCCCUCCGGCGCGCCUCCCUCCCGCGCCCGCGGCUCAGCCAGCUCAACUUGGCCAGCUGAGGCUAUGGACUCAGAGGAUGACCCCUUGCUGCAGGAUGUGUGGCUGGACGAGGAGCAAGAAGAGGAGGAGGAAGCAAUGGGUGAGGCCUUCAGGAGGGCCCAGAGGCUGGGGCCCCAAGCUGGGGCAGGGGGGCAGUGUUGCUGGCGGCACUGGACCUUGCCCUCCCGGCCCCCAGCCUCGGGCUUCUGGAGUACCCUGGGCUGGGCCUUCACCAAUCCGUGCUGUGCGGGGCUGGUGCUCUUCCUGGGCUGUAGCAUCCCCAUGGCCCUGUCAGCCUUCAUGUUCCUCUACUACCCGCCGCUGGACAUUGACAUCUCCUACAACGCCUUUGAGAUCCGCAACCACGAGGCCUCCCAGCGUUUCGAUGCCCUGGCGCUGGCGCUCAAGUCCCAGUUUGGGUCCUGGGGUCGCAACCGGCGCGACUUGGCAGACUUCACCUCUGAGACGCUCCAGCGCCUCAUCUCAGAGCAGCUGCAGCAGCUGCAUCUCGGCAACCGCUCGCGGCCGGCAGCCAGGGCCUCCCACGCGGUCCCUGUGGCCCCGGGGCGUGGCCCCGGCCCGUCGUGGGACACCUCAGCCGCCCAGAAGCCAGUAGCCAAUCGGAGCGGGCGUCUUCGGCGCGAGACCCCGCCCCUGGCAGAUGUGGCAGCCAACCAGAGUGAAGCCCCGGUGAACCAGGGGCUGGAGGAGACUGGGCGCCACCAACCCAGCGACCCGCCCCCUGCGGCUGCCGCAGCCAAUCAGAGCCGUGCUCGCCGGGGCGCCUCGCGUUGGGACUACUCUCGCUCCUAUGUGAGCGCCAACACCCAGACGCAUGCGCACUGGCGCAUCGAGCUCAUCUUCCUAGCACGUGGAGACGCAGAGCGCAACAUUUUUACCAGCGAGCGGCUGGUCACAAUCCACGAGAUUGAGCGCAAGGUCAUGGACCACCCGGGCUUCCGGGAAUUCUGCUGGAAGCCCCAUGAAGUGCUCAAGGACCUGCCGCUCGGCUCCUAUUCCUACUGCUCCCCUCCCAGCUCGCUCAUGACCUACUUCUUUCCCACUGAGAGGGGCGGCAAGAUAUACUACGACGGCAUGGGCCAGGACCUGGCAGACAUUCGGGGCUCCCUAGAGCUGGCCAUGACUCACCCUGAGUUCUACUGGUACGUGGACGAGGGCCUGUCUGCAGAAAACCUCAAGAGCUCCCUCCUGCGCAGCGAGAUCCUGUUUGGAGCACCUCUGCCCAACUACUACUCGGUGGACGAUCGAUGGGAGGAGCAGCGGGCCAAGUUUCAGAGCUUCGUGGUCACCUACGUGGCCAUGCUGGCCAAGCAGUCUACUAGCAAAGUCCAGGUUCUGUACGGGGGGACGGACCUCUUUGAUUACGAGGUGCGCAGAACCUUCAACAACGACAUGCUCCUGGCCUUCAUUAGCAGCAGCUGCAUUGCCACCCUGGUCUACAUUCUCACCUCCUGCUCAGUGUUCCUGUCCUUCUUCGGGAUUGCCAGCAUCGGCCUCAGCUGCCUGGUGGCACUCUUCCUAUACCACGUGGUCUUUGGUAUCCAGUACUUGGGCAUCCUCAACGGGGUGGCCGCCUUCGUGAUAGUGGGCAUUGGUGUGGACGAUGUCUUUGUGUUCAUCAACACCUACCGCCAGGCCACCCACCUGGAGGACCCCCAGCUUCGGAUGAUCCACACCAUCCAGACGGCAGGCAAGGCCACCUUCUUCACCUCCCUGACCACAGCCGCCGCCUACGCAGCUAACGUCUUCUCCCAGAUCCCGGCCGUGCACGACUUUGGCCUCUUCAUGUCCCUCAUCGUGUCCUGCUGCUGGCUGGCUGUGCUCUUCACCAUGCCUGCCGCCCUGGGCAUCUGGAGUCUCUACCUGGCGCCGCUGGAGGGCGCCUGCCAGGCCAGCUGCCACCAGAAAUGUGGCCACAAGAGUUCCCUGCACUUCCCCGGGGAUGUGUUCGCAGCUCCUGAGCGGGCUGGGGGCAGCCCUGCCCAGGGCCCCAUGCCCUACCUGGACGAUGACAUCCCCUUGCUGAGUGUGGACGAGGAGCCAGUGUCGCUGGAGCUGGGAGACGUGUCCCUGGUGUCUGUGACCCCCAAGCGCCUGCAGCCAGCCCCUGAUGGGGGCAGCCGGGGUCAGCUCAUUGCUCAGCUGCAGGAGCUGCUGCACCACUGGGUCCUGUGGUCAGCCGUCAAGAGCCGCUGGGUGAUUGUGGGGCUCUUUGUCUCCAUCCUCAUCCUGUCCCUGGUGUUCGCCAGCCGACUCCGCCCCGCCAGCCGGGCCCCCCUGCUCUUCCGGCCCGAUACCAACAUCCAGGUGCUGCUGGACCUCAGGUACAACCUGAGCGCUGAGGGCAUCUCCUGCACCACCUGUUCAGGUCUGUUCCAGGAGAAGCCCCACAGCCUGCAGAACAACAUCCGGACGUCCCUGGAGAAGAAGAAGUGGGGCUCAGGGGUCCCCUCGGCCAGCCGGCCUGAGGCCACCCCACAGGACUCCCCAGGCACCGUGUAUGUCUCCAAGGUGAAGAGUAAAGGCCACCCGGCUGUCUACAGGUUCUCCCUCAACGCCAGCCUGCCUGCCCCUUGGCAGGUCGUGUCCCCCGGGGACGGGGAGGUGCCCUCCUUCCAGGUGUAUAGAGCGCCUUUUGGUAACUUCACCAGGAAGCUGACCGCUUGUAUGUCUACAGUAGGGCUGCUCCAGGCGGCGAGCCCCGCCCGCAAGUGGAUGGUGACGGCCUUGGCCUGCGACACCAAGCGGGGCUGGAAGUUUGACUUCAGCUUCUACGUGGCCACCAAGGAGCAGCAACACACCCGGAAGCUGUACUUUGCCCAGUCUCACAAGCCCCCCUUCCACGGGCGCGUGUGUGUGGCACCUCCUGGCUGCCUUCUCAGCUCCAGCCCCGACGGGCCGACCAAAGGCUUCUUCUACGUGCCCAGUGAGAAAGUGCCCGGGGCCCGCCUCUCUGCCACCUUCGGCUUCAACCCCUGCGUGAACACAGGCUGCGGGAAGCCAGCGGUGCGGCCGCUGGUGGAUACAGGGGCCAUGGUCUUCGUGGUCUUUGGCAUUAUUGGCAUCAACCGCACACGGCAGGUGGACAACCAUGUCAUCAGAGACCCGGGCAGUGUCGUCUAUGACAGCAGCUUUGACCUUUUCAAAGAAAUUGGGCACCUGUGUCACCUCUGCAAGGCCAUCGCGGGGAACUCGGAGCUGGUGAAGCCAGGCGGGGCCCAGUGCCUGCCCUCAGGCUACAGCAUCUCCUCCUUCCUGCGGAUGUUGCACCCUGAAUGCGAGGAGCUGCCCGAGCCCAACCUGCUCCCGGGGCAGCUCUCGCACGGGGCGGUGGGCGUCAAGGAGGGCCGCGUGCAGUGGAUCUCCAUGGCCUUCGAGUCGACCACGUUUAAGGGCAAGUCCUCCUUCCAGACCUACGCGGACUACCUGCGCUGGGAGCGCUUCCUGCAGCAACAGCUUCAGACCUUCCCCGAGGGCUCGGCCCUGCGCAGAGGCUUCCAGACCUGCGAGCACUGGAAGCAGAUCUUCAUGGAGAUCAUAGGGGUGCAAAGCGCCCUGUACGGCCUGGCCCUCUCCCUGCUCAUCUGUGUGGCCGCGGUGGCCGUGUUCACCACCCACGUGCUCCUCCUGCUGCCCGUGCUCCUGAGCAUCUUGGGCAUCGUCUGCCUUGUGGUGACCAUCAUGUACUGGAGCGGCUGGGAGAUGGGCGCUGUGGAGGCCAUCUCCUUGUCCAUCCUCGUCGGCUCCUCCGUGGACUACUGUGUCCAUCUGGUCGAGGGCUACCUGCUGGCCGGAGAGAACCUGCCCCCCUACCAGGCCGAGGAGGCCCACUCGCAGCGCCAGUGGCGGACGCUGGAGGCCGUGCGACACGUGGGCGUGGCCAUCGUCUCCAGUGCCCUCACCACGGUCAUCGCCACAGUGCCCCUCUUCUUCUGCAUCAUCGCCCCGUUUGCCAAGUUCGGCAAGAUCGUCGCACUCAACACGGGCGUCUCCAUCCUCUACACGCUCACAGUCAGCACGGCCCUGCUCGGCAUCAUGGCGCCCGGCUCCUUCACCCGGACCAGGACUUCCUUCCUCAAAGCCCUGGCCGCUGUGCUCCUGGCAGGGGUCCUGGGGCUGGGCGCCUGCCUCGUGCUCCUCCGGAGUGGCUAUAAGAUCCCCCUGCCCAAUGGGACCUCCCUAUAGCCCUGGCACUGGGUCCUGACUUCUCACCUUUGGUCCAGAGGGUGGGGAGGAGGCGCUUGUUCUCUGACCCCAGAGACACUGUUUCCCAGUUCGGCUCCAACUAAUUCUGUUCCCAGGCCUGGGCUGGAAGGUGCCCCACGGCCCAGCAUGGGAGGUGGUGUCCACCUGUGUGGCCCGCGCUGCCAUCGUCACAGCACUGAGCCGGGGCUGGGUGGUGAAGCCAGCUGCCACCCCACCCACCGGGCUGCUAGCAGCCACACUGGGCUCCCCGACAGCAGAAGAGACCAGCCCUCCUCCCAUGCCCAGUCACCACGGGGGGUAGGUUAUUUUUACAGGAGUCUCCCUCUCGCACUGCCUCAGUGCUCACAACAACUUUCUGAUGUGGGUGUUACAGAGCCCCCAUUCCACAGAUGUCAGAACUGAGGCACCAAGAGGUGAAGUGACUGACCUGUAGCUGGGUCGGUGGUAGAGCCGGAGCCCCCUCCCAAGCCCCAUGCCUCCCUCGGGGACUUUGCAGGAAGAGCACAGUGGGUUUGAGGACAGGGGCCUCGCACCCCGCCCCCUCCUCCCCUCUCCCUCAGCUUCACAGCAGCCAGUGCCGGGUGGUCCUGUGGUCCUCCCCAGGCCUUUUGGUCCUGGCCAGAGAGGACGGAGGGACCAGCCUGGGCUUCUGCAUGUCCUACUCCCAGCCCCAGCCUCGAGGGCUCCUCCUCCCUGGGGCUGUGGGGUCCCAGCACAGCCUUCCUCACAAAUCUGAGCCCCCAUCUCCGCCAGUCGACUCUAGGGGUGGAAUUUUUUUGAGGGGGCAGCCUGUGGGGGUGGAACUGGCCGUGCCUGCCGCCUGCUCACCGCAGAUGGUUCCCAUUGAAGUGAAAUGAAACUGCAGACCGCCGCUAUCAACACGAGCAUUUUAAGCCUCGCUGACUCCGUCAUAUUCUUAAAAUUGAAAUAGCUAAGUGUUCGGGUGC